GGCCACCCCACUCCACCCACAUCACAGGAUGCUGCGCGUUGCCACCUCGCUGCUCACACCGUCUGCCGCCGCUGUGCGGUCGUUUGCUGCCACUGCCGGCGCGUCUGCCGCGCUGUCCAAGGCGCAGCGGGCGCAGCUCAAGGACGGCCUCGCCUCGGCGGCGGCGUCCCACCCGGAGCUCCGCGGCGUGCUCGACGGACUGACGGAUGCGCAGAUCGAUGCUGAGUUUGCCGGCUACUCGGCCAUCCGUGAGCAGGCCAAGAAGGAGAAGUGGGACGACCACAAGCUGACCCAGGAGCUCUACCUCUGGCGCGUCCGCGAGUUCCGCGCCAAGCUCACCAAGGUCCAGAACCAGGAGGUCGCUGUCUCCGCCGAUGCCAAGGCCGCCGCCCUCUCUGCCAUGCAGAAGAUGUACGGCUCCGAGGCCGAGCUCGGCAUUCCGCGCGCAGAGGUCGACGCCGCCGUCAACUACCCGGAGAAGAUCAAGGUUGGCCAGUUCUAAGCUUGUCUGGGCUCUGUCCCCGCUCACGACCACCGCCAAAACCCCAACAAACGCGGCCUAGUCGCA